UCUCCUCGGCACCAUCGCGAGUCUCAGACCUACCCCGCCUGUCGCCGUCGUCGACAUCCAUAGGCUCCAUGCUUGUGUCGCGGCUGGCUUGCAGCUCGCCCGUGAUUGUUUAGUUGGUGCUCGUACUGCACAUCAUCGCAAGGACUGCCGAUAAUGAUUCAGUAGGGCUGCUGAAUUGCGAGUGAAGCUGUGACUUGGGUAGCUGUUGUGGAGUCAACGCAAGGGAGGGGUUGUCGGUGUUUCGCCAUCCUAGAUCCCCGUUUCUUAUCGAUAACACUAGCGUAAUCGCCAACUUAAUGUCCAGCCAUCCCAGAGGACUGAAUGCGACAAGACAUUAUCCACCUACAAUUCUACCACCGAGGGACCUGUAACAACAGUGCCUUCAAUUUACUUUCACAAUGAGUGGCAAUGGCCUUUCCUACGGCCUAAACAUCACAAAGAAGGCGAAGCCGAUAGGUUUCCGCCCCCCACCCGGGAAGAGGAAACCCAUCUUCGACUCUGAUGGCGACUCCGGCGACGACGACACCAGCAAAGGCGGCGCCGCCGAAGAAAUCGGCGAAUUCGGCGGCCUCGACCUCCCCUCCAGCAAACCCUCCACAAGCAAGCCCUCCAAACCCUUAUCUAAACCCUCCAGCAAACCGAAUCCCUUCUCCAAACCCCCCACCGGCGCCAAACCAAAGUCCAACACUCCCCAAUCCCUCUACGGCGACCUCUCCACCUCCUUCAGCUCCUCCAAACACGCCGCUACCGCCGAAUCCAUAGACUCAAGCAUCUAUGACUACGAUGCCGUCUACGACUCUCUCAAGCCCGUCAAGCAGGUGACGGAAGCCGACAAGGAGCGAAAGCCCAAAUACAUGACCUCCCUCCUCGCCGCCGCCGCGGUGCGCAAGCGCGAUGCUACGAUAGCGGAGGAGCGAAAGCUGGCGAAGGAGAGAGAGGCGGAGGGGGAGGAGUACGCGGAUAAGGAGAAGUUCGUGACGGAGGCGUAUAAGAAGCAGCAGGCUGCUAAUCGGAUCGCUGAAGCCGAGGAGAAAGAACGGGAAGAGAGGGAAGCUAAGGAAAACAAAAACACUGGGUUUACGGGGUUUUAUAAGGAUCUGCUGGAGAAAGAUGAGAAGAGACAUGCCGAGAUUGUGAAGGCUGCCGAGGAGCGCGGGAAGGCUGGCCCGGAAGCGAAGGUGGAAGAGGAAGAAGGGGGGGAGAAAUCGGAGGCACAGAUUGCGAAGGAGAUAAACGAGAAGAAAUCCGGCGCCAUCGCCGUCAACGACGAAGGCCAAGUCGUGGAUAAACGCCAACUCCUCAAAGGCGGCCUCAACAUAAUCCCCAAAGCCAAGCCCGCCGCUCCCGCGCCCCGGCACAACCGCGACGCGAUGGCUGAUAGGCGCGGCGCGGCGUUUGUGGGCACGGGAGGAGGGAAGCAGGCUAUGAGGGAGAGGCAGACGAGGAUGAUGGAGGCGCAGUUGGAGGAGGCGACGAAGAGGGCGAGGGAGGAGGAGGAGGAGGAGAGGGAGAAGGUGGAGAGGGCUAGUAAGAGUCGGAAGACGGAGGGGGAGAUUAUGGGUGCUAAGGAGAGGUAUUUGUUGAGGAAGAAGGAGGCGGAGGAGGCGAAGAGGAGGGAGGCUGAGGGGAAGUGAGGGGAAUAUGUAAAUUAUUUGGUUAUAAGAAUAAGCAUGCAAUAUAUCAGA